AUGUGCGCCGCGAAGCAUGGCAAGUCCCGGCGCGGGCGCCACAUCGCCCGCGAGGGAAAAUCUCAGCUGCGCGCGGGGUACCGUGGCUUUUGCCCUCUGGAGGCAGGCCCAAGCAUCGUGGGUGGGGGUGGCCAGGUUGCGCGAAGGACCUGGGCAUCCCUGAAGCCGGAGGAGUUCUUUGAGUUCGUGAAUCAAAGGAGGCCGCUGAUCAUCAGCACGGAGGGUGAGCCGCAUGGCGCCUUGGGGGCCUUGUUCGGCCUGAAGGGGGAAGCUGCAAAAUGGGCGCUGCCUGGAAGCGAGGGAGCCGAGGCCAUGCAGAGGAGUGCGGCAGCUCGCUGUGAGGUGGUAGUAGAGCGGCGCCGCAGCAGCUCCAGCUUUUUCGGGCAAAGCGACGACCGCAGCAGGGAGAAAACCCGUCUGGGGCAGUUCUGCAAAGAGCUCGAGGCUGGCAGCGAGCUGGGCUACUUGACUACGCAGGCGUUGGAAGACGAUGAUGGCACACCCAGGGCCCUUGCAGCGCCCCAUGUGCUCAAACUGCUGGAAGGUUGCGCUACGUUGCGACCCAAGCUUUUGGGGAACUUGGUGCCGGUGCAGUACAACAUGUGGUUUGGUAGGUCUACCACUGGCUCGUCCUCGGGCCUGCACCAUGACUUUCAUGACAACAUCUAUGUGCUGUUACGUGGGAGGAAGGAGUUUCGCCUCUUCAGCCCGCGGUGCCUGGAUAUUUUGUCACCGGUGGGUGUUCAGAAGGCCAAGCUACACGACAACGGCCUCAUCUCGUACGUCCCCGGUUUGCGCAGCGACGGCGCUUCCGCCUCGGCACUGAGACGGACGGCUUCGGCCGGGACGAGCGAGGACGAGGAGGCAGAACUCGAGGAAUUGCUCAAUGAUGCCCUGGAAGACGAAGAGCCAGGUGCGGACACCUUGCCCGACAGCUUUUGCAGAGGAAGCACGGUGCCGGGCAGCCCUGAGCCUAUUCCCGAGAGCCUUCGGGGUCGGCACCUUGUGGCUGACUUGGGGGUGGGGGACCUGCUGUACCUCCCGGCCAGCUGGUUUCAUGAGGUCGUUUCGCAGGGAGGGGGUCCCGGCGGACACCUGGCUUUGAACCUUUGGAUGGCUCCGCCCCGCGCAGACGCCACCAUGCUGGAACCCUACGAGGAUGGCUUGUGGGAAGAGCUUUUCCAGAGGCUCAAGCCAAGCCUUCCACGGGAGGCUCCGGGUCGGCCUGGCACAGGGAAGCGAAGGAAAACGAGGAAUCACCUAGUCAAAGUUCCAUUUUCGCACCGACGUCGUUUGCUUCGAGCACUCCACCGAUCACGAGCUGAAGCAGGCUGA